AUGGCAUACCUAACCACAUGGAAUGGGACCUCAGUCACUGAAUUUUUGCUACUCGGAUUCUCAGAUACCCCUGAAAUGCAGCCCUUCCUGUUUGCUUUGUUUUUGAUCUUCUACAUGGUUACACUUGCUACCAAUUUCUUACUUUUGAUCACUGUAUCAACAGAUCGUAGCUUGCACACACCCAUGUAUUUCUUCCUGGGUAACCUUUCCUUCCUGGAGAUCAUCUAUACAUCCAACAUUGUUCCCAGGAUGCUAACCAGUUUGAUUUCUGAGGAGAAGACCAUUUCUUUUAUGGACUGCAUGAUUCAGUUUUAUUUCUUUGGAUCACUGGGUGGCACUGAAUGCCUUCUCCUAUCAGUGAUGUCUUAUGACCGCUAUAUCGCCAUAUGCAACCCUCUCCACUACACAACUGUUAUGAACAGCAACAUGUGUGUUUGGCUGGCUGCUAGCUCUUGGAUCAGUGGCUUUCUGAUAACCUUAAUUACAGUGUUGCUGAUGAUAAGCUUGACCUUCUGUGGGCCCAAUGAAAUCGAUCAUUUCUUUUGUGAUUUUUCUCCACUGCUGAAACUUGCUUGCUCUGACACAUACCUGUUUGAAAAGACUUCUUUCAUUCUUUCUUCCAGUCUAACAUUGAUCCCUUUCCUACUUACGGUUGUGUCUUACACUUAUAUAUUGUCAGCUGUUAUGAAACAGGCUUCUGGCACCAGGUCUAAAAAGGCCAUUUCUACCUGCUCCACUCACCUCAUAGUAGUUACAACUUUCUAUGGGACGCUGAUUACAAUGUAUGUGGUUCCUGCUGCUAAACACUCUGUAGACACAAGCAAGAUCUUCUCAAUCUUCUAUACUAUUGUGACUCCAAUGAUUAAUCCCCUCAUCUAUAGCUUGAGGAACAAGAAGGUACGUGAAGCCUUGAAAAGGCUUGUAGAUGCAAAACUUGUAUUCUGGAAGUAG